AUGAGCACGUACGGCUACGAGCCCUACUUCCCAUCGUACAAGCGCCGCUUCGUGGACAGCUCGUCCCGGGUGCACCUGUCCAGCGUCCGCAGCGGCGGCGGCGGCGGCUACGCGAUGGCUCGCUCCACUUACUCGACCCUGUCGGCGCCCGUGUCGUCCGUGUCGGUGCGCCGCAGCUACGCGUCCUCGUCGUCGUCCUCGCUGCUGCCGUCCGUGGACAGCCUGGACCUGACGCAGGUGGCGGCCAUCAGCAACGACCUCAAGACCAUCCGCAGCCAGGAGAAGGCGCAGCUGCAGGACCUGAACGACCGCUUCGCCUGCUUCAUCGAGCGCGUGCACGAGCUGGAGCAGCAGAACAAGGUGCUGGAGGCCGAGCUGCUGGUGCUGCGGCAGAAGCACGCCGAGCCGUCGCGCUUCCGCGCCCUGUACGAGCAGGAGAUCCGCGAGCUGCGCCUGGCCACCGAGGAGGCCACGCACGAGAAGCAGGCGCUGCAGGGCGAGCGCGAGAGCCUGGAGGAGACGCUGCGCGCGCUGCAGGCGCGCUACGAGGAGGAGAUCCUCAGCCGCGAGGACGCCGAGGCGCGCCUGCUGGAGGUGCGCAAGGGCGCCGACGAGGCGGCGCUGGCCCGCGCCGAGCUGGAGAAGCGCAUCGACAGCCUCCUCGACGAGCUGGCCUUCCUCAAGAAGGUGCAUGAAGAGGAGCUGGCCGAGCUGCAGGCCCAGAUCCAGUACGCGCACCUCUCCGUCGAGAUGGACGUCUCGGCCAAGCCCGACCUGUCCUCGGCGCUGCGCGACAUCCGCGCCCAGUACGAGAAGCUGGCGGCGCGCAACAUGCAGAACGCCGAGGAGUGGUUCCGCAGCCGCUUCACCGUCCUCACCGAGAGCGCCGCCAAGAACACCGACGCCGUCCGCGCCGCCAAGGACGAGGUCUCCGAGAGCCGGCGGCUGCUCAAGGCCAAGACGCUGGAGAUUGAGGCCACCCGCGGCAUGAACGAGGCCCUCGAGAAGCAGCUGCAGGAGCUGGAGGACAAGCAGAACGCCGACAUCGCCUCCCUGCAGGAAACGGUCGGUAAAUUAGAAAAUGAACUGAGAACCACAAAGAGUGAAAUGGCCAGGUAUCUGAAGGAGUACCAGGACCUUCUAAAUGUGAAAAUGGCUUUAGAUAUCGAAAUCGCAGCAUACAGAAAACUGUUGGAAGGUGAGGAGACCCGACUUAGCUUCACCAGUGUUGGCAGCAUAAGCAGUGGCUACACGCAGACUGCUGGAACCUUUGGAAGAUCAGCCUACAGCGGUUUACAGAGCAGCUCCUACUUGAUGUCAGCCCGCUCCUUCCCUGCGUACUACUCCAGCCACGUGCAAGAAGAACAGAUAGAAGUUGAGGAGACCAUUGAAGCAUCCAAAGUAGAACAAGCCAAAGAAUCUCCCCCAUCAGAAGGCGAGGAAGAGGAGAAGGAAGAGGGUGAAGAAGAGGGAGAAGGAGGAGAAGAAGCGGGAGAAGAAGGUGAAGAAGGAGGAGAGGAAGAAGGUAGGGCCAAGGAAGUAACUGAAGAAGGAGGGGAGGAAGAAGAAGAAGGAGAGGGUGAAGGCGAAGGCGAAGGCGAAGGAGAGGGAGAGGGAGAGGGAGAGGGAGAAGGAGAGGAAGAAGGUGAAGAAGCAGGAGAAGAAGGAGGAGCUGAGGAAGCAGGUGAGGGAGAGAAAAAGGAAGGCAAAGAUGAACAAGAAGAGGCUGGCGGAGAUGAAGCACCCAAGGAAAAGAAGAAGGAUUGAUAAUCUAAACCUGUAUGUUGGUUUCCCAGAUAGUUUAACUGAAUGAGCUAAACUUGCUGUAACACAUAUUUAAAUCCCCCAAACAGUCUUAGGUUUAAUGAAAUUAAUUGUCUGUUUUUCUUUCUUUUUUCCUUUCGAUGCAAAUUAACCUGAAUGCUUGCAGAGUGUCCCACUGGCUGCUCCUAAACCACGCAUGGUGUCUUCUUACAGGUCCCAGAGCAAUGUGCAAUUCGGCUGAUUUCAAACCUUAAAUGUUUAAAAGGGGGGAAAGAAAAAGUGGGGAAGCCACAGAUGAAGGGGAGGGGGGCAAAAUAUGUCUAAGCAACAUUCAGAGUUGUUCUGAAAAUCUUGGGUGGCAAAAAUUAUGAAGUUUGUGCAACCAAGCUAGUCAAUAAAGUUACAG